AUAAGGUGUGUAGUAAGGUGGCAGUUGAUGUAGAUGAGGCCAGAGGGCGCGCAGCCGCUGUCCCGUUGCUUUUCUCAUCGCUUCUGUCUGUGAUGAUCUCUAGAAAGAUUCCGAUGAGUCCGCUUGGUCUCGCGGACCAACCGUUAACCGGUGCGCGUCGCGUGCGAGGUAAAGCGGCGACCAACAAUUGGCCGAGGUGUUUUUUUUUUUUCCUAAAGGGGCGUAUUUUCAAGCCAUCUUGACUGAAUAUUUAGCCUCAUCCUAUGUACUUUAAAUUGAUAUCUUCGGGAUUUUGCCGUUCCAGAGUUUCCCACCGCCGUCGUUCCAAAGGCUGAAGUCGCGCCAAUGAAACCGGGUCGAGUUCGUGCGCCGAAGCGGAGCGGCGGCGGAGAAGCGGAGCGCUGAAGAUGACGCUGCUAACGGCUAGCAUGUCCGCCUCGGUCGGAGUCUGUCAUUAGCUGACAUUUAGCCAGGUGCAGUUUUUUCCCUACUUGGCACCGCAGAGGACGGUUCAUCAAGCUCAGCUAGGCGGAAAACAGGAGUAAAGUCUCAUGCGGAAGCUGAAGAGGUGGGAAUGCGAGACGACUGCUAGAGGACUCAACAUGGGAAGGGGUCGAGGCAGAGGGAGAGGAAGAGGCAGGCAGUCCGGUCAACAGAGGCCUCCCUCGCCUUACAGACUUCAGCUCUCCCCGUCCAGGGAGACUCUGACGUACGCCCAGGCCCAGAAAAUCGUGGAAGUGGAUCUCGAUGGAAGACUCCAUCGGAUUAACAUCACAGAUCCUCUGCCAGUCAUCACAGAGGAUGAGAUGAUGGCUCAGGACAUUGCUGAGUGCAACAGCAACAAAGAGAACAGCGAGCAAACGCAAGGUAAAAACAAAUCAUGGAGGAAACCUACUAACAAUAAGAGCCGAAGGAGCAGUAAAAAUACAUCUCAGCAGAACCAGCGGUCUGGCUCACAGCAACAAACAGGAUCUGCUUAUUCCCUCCAGCACCCGUCUCACCAAAGCCCUCUGCCUGAGCCCACCUUCCGCGAGCUGAGUUCUGUUUCUCCCUGCGAAGCGUCUCCUCUCCCAGCAGCCUACUACCAGUACAUAGAAAAGUCAGAGGAGGAGCAGGACAAUCUGGCAGAGUAUGACAUGGACGAGGAGGACCUGGCUUGGCUGGAGAUGGUGAACCAAAAGAGGGUGUCUGAUGGCCAUGCAUCUGUGUCUCCAGACACGUUUGAACUUCUGAUCGAUCGCCUGGAGAGGGAGUCUAUUCUGGAGUCCCGCAACCAGGCUUUAUCUCAAAAUGCUGUCGAUGAGGAUGCCUUCUGCUGCGUCUGCCUGGAUGAUGAGUGUCUGAACAGUAAUGUCAUCCUGUUCUGUGACAUCUGUAACUUGGCUGUCCACCAGGAGUGCUAUGGUGUGCCCUACGUUCCUGAAGGCCAGUGGCUGUGCCGCUGUUGCCUGCAGUCCCCCUCCCGCCCUGUAGACUGUGUACUCUGUCCCAACCGAGGAGGUGCCUUCAAACAGACGAGCGACGGACGAUGGGCCCAUGUUGUCUGUGCCAUAUGGAUCCCAGAGGUGUGCUUUGCAAACACAGUGUUCUUGGAGCCUGUUGAGGGGGUGAAGAACAUCCCUCCAGCUCGUUGGAAGCUCACAUGCUACCUCUGUAAGCAGAAAGGCAGGGGAGCUUCCAUUCAGUGCCACAAAGCUAACUGUUACAGGGCUUUUCAUGUUACCUGUGCCCAGAAGGCUGGUCUGUUUAUGAAAAUAGACCCAGUUCGAGAGACGGGUGUCAAUGGCACCACCUUCUCUGUGAAGAAGACUGCUUUCUGCGAGAAUCACUCCCCUGUUGGGUCUCGACGGGAUGGGUCUGGGGAUGAGUCUGUGGAAGGUAGGCUGGUGGGGGGAAGGGGCAGCCGGGGACAGAGAUCAUAUACUCAGAGCCCUCCUUCACCAACCAACAAAAAGCCAACCAAAGGCCAGAAGAAGAAGAACACUAAAGGGUGUGGGUCAACACGCCGCUCGAAUGUUCCUGUGCUACUUGUGCCUCAGAUCCCUUCGCACAGGCUAAACAAGAUCUGCACGGGCGUUGAAGUACAGAGGAAAAAUCAGUUCAUGCAGAGACUUCACAACUACUGGUUACUGAAAAGACAGUCGCGAAAUGGCAUGCCUUUAAUACGCCGGCUUCAUUCCCAUCUACAGACUCACAAGACUACAGAGCAGAAGGAACCUGAUGAGAAGCUAAGUGCUGCAAGAGAAGAGUUACGGUACUGGCAAAAGCUAAGACAAGACCUGGAAAGAGCUCGACUUUUAGUGGAACUCAUCCGCAAGAGAGAGAGGCUUAAAAGAGAACAGAUGAAGAUCCAGCAGGCUACCCUUGAGUUGACGUUGACCCCUGCACAGGUGCUUCUACGAUCCACUUUGGACCAACUACAGGAGAAGGACACAGCUAAAAUCUUCUCUCAGCCAGUCAAUCUGUCAGAGGUCCCAGAUUACCUCGAGUUUAUAUCCGAACCCAUGGACUUCUCAACAAUGCGGAGCAAACUAGAGGGUCAUGCCUACUGCUCCAUUGGAGACCUAGAGAAGGACUUCGAGCUCAUGAUUUCUAAUUGCCUCAGUUACAACUCCAAGGACACCAUGUUCCACAAGACAGCCUUACAGCUGGGGGAAGUGGGAGGAGCCAUUCUCCGUCAUGCUCAGAGGCAGUAUCAGAGCAUCGGCCUUGACCCUAGCACUGGCAUGCAUCUGCCUGAGGCACCGAACAAACACGGUUUCAAUCAGUGCACAUGGGACGAUGUCGACUCUCUCCUGGACUCUGAAAACAGACUGCACCUAACCACAGAAGAGCAGCUCAAGGCCUUACUGGAAAAACUGGACAUGGUCACGUCCAUGCGCACCAGCGGCGGCCGCACCAAACGCAUCCGGCUGAUACGCCGGGAGAUUAACACUCUGAGACAGAAGAUGAGCCAGCAGCACAACGUUCAGCCUGUCAAUGGAAACAGCAAGAAUGACGAGGAAGAGGAGAAGGAGAAGAAGAAGAAGAAGAAGAAGAAGAAGAAGAAGGAACAAAAGGAGAAAAUUACGAAAAAUGACAAGGUGGAUGUGGAUAGUGAGCCUUUGUCUGAUGUGCCAAACUCUGGGUCAGAUGACUCUCCACCCGUGCUUGAACUCACUUGUCCAGUGUCCUCACCUCUACCAGCAGACGCUCCUCUGGAACCGCCUGUCCUGGGUAUUGUAACAGGAGGGCAGAGGUCACCCGGGCGCUCCUACAAGCGUCAGAGGUCCUCGCUCCGUGGAAGCAAAAGCCAAGGUGAAGAUGAGGCUGAAGUUGGAGAAACACCAUCUUCACAACCGGAGGCUGUUCACGAGGUCACGCCACUGGGCACGCCUCCGACUCUGCCUCUGGUUGGAGUUGGCCGUCGCACAUCUGUUUUGUUUAAGAAAGCUAAAAACGGGGCACGAAAAAACAAGUGCUCCCAGUGGCAAAAUGGGAAAACCUCUGAUGAGAAAACCAAUGGGCUGGACGACACUGCUGUCCAUCCAAAUUCCCCCAGUGUGAACAUCACCACCUUACCUCCUACUCCUAACGCCUCCCCCGAACCCUCCUCUCCUUCCUCACACCAACUGAGGUCCAGAGGUCCCAGCUCAGAGAGCGAGCAUGACAAACCUCCUGCACCCACCAAAGAAGAAGCCUUGACUAAUGGAAAGCACUCGUCUGGAAAACAAGGUGGUGGUGCUGAUGAUGAGGAAGAUGAGGAUGACCCAAACCUAACCGCUUCCCCUCCCAAACGCAGUCGAGGUAAGCCAGCUUUGGCUAAAGUUCCAAGCAAAGAAAAUGGAGACAUCUCCAGUUGUGGAAAGUCUUCGCUUCUGUCUUUAGACAGUGAGACCGAACUUUCACCGCUGGACUUAGUUUGGGCGAAAUGUCGAGGAUACCCCUCAUAUCCAGCAAUGAUUGUUGAUCCUGACAUGCCUCAGGAAGGACUUCUCCAUAACGGCAUCCCCAUCCCAGUGCCUCCAGGAGAGGUGCUCAAACUGGGUGAAUGGAGACACACAGAAGAAGGCCACAAGCUCUUCUUAGUGCUCUUCUUCGACACAAAGAGAACUUGGCAGUGGCUCCCUCGAAACAAACUACUGCCGCUGGGGAUGGAUGACACUGUAGACAAACUGCGCCUGAUGGAGGGCAAGAAACCCAGCGUUCGCAAGUCGGUUCACACAGCGUACAACCGGGCCAUACUGCAUUUGACCCACGUGAGACGAAAUCUGAACUUCACUCCCUCCAAUUUUAUAUAAAGUUUUUUUUUUUAAGAUUUUAUCAUCUUAAACGAGCUGUCUGUAGAAAUCUACAGAAGCUUCUUUGAAGUUCUUAAAAACGUUAAUGGUGAUGGUAUUUGAAGGUUCCUGCAUAAAGUUGUGCUUGGUUUUUAAAAUGGAGAAGAAGGAGGAUCCAUGUUUUCAUGAAUCAGUUUGUUAAUUAUUUUCUAUGUACAUUUUUAAAAUGUUGCUGUGCGUUCAUAUGGAGUUUGUGUAUCAGGCCAAAGCGAGUCAAGAUCUGAUCCAGAGACGUAAUGGUUUGUUUGUCAAAGGGGUUGUUUAUGGUUGGAAACAUAUUUAGAUUGUAUUUGCUCUUGAAAUGUCACCGUGUUUAAUGAAGUGUAAAAGUUUCACCUUAGCAUGCGUGUGACACCUGGACCUGGAUUUUUACACAGUUGAAACCAGAUAUUUACACUGUACAAAAAGACUCAAACCCUUUUUUCUCUCUGACAAUAAAUGAGACUUGCUUUGCUUUAGGAGCUGGAUUAUUUGACAGUACCCUUAUGGUACUUCUCCCUUUGGACGAUCCAUUUGUACCCAAGCUUCGGUUCCUUCUGUUUCGUGAAGUGCAUCAUUCCCUCCUGAUGCCAAACGUCCACACACCAUGGUGUUGCCACCACCGUACUUCUCUGUUAGAACGGUGUUCUCAGAUUUGCAAACUGUAAUUUGUUUUUUGCGGGGUUUUUUUACGAUGCUCUUUAAGUAAUGGCUUCUUCCUCUCUGAGUGGCCAUCCAGCAUAUGUUGCCACAGGAUCAGUGACUCUUACCAGCUUCAGUCAGCAUCUUCACAAGGUCUUUUGCUUUUGUUCUUGGGUUGAAACGCUCAUCUCCAGGACAUAGAACCCGUCCUGGACAUUCCCAAGCUGUUUGUCCUUGCAUACAACUGUUUCAACGGAUGAAGGUGGCACCUUCAGGCAUCUAGAAACUUUAUCCACGGAUGAACCAGAUUAGUGACGGCUCAUGAAUCGUACAAGAGGAAACCAGGAAAAGGUUGGUGUGCUUUAUUGUCAGACAGUGAGCAGGAAAAACGAUGUGUGACUUUUUAUACAGCGCAUGUAAACAUCUGGUUUCACUUGUGCAGUCCACCAAACAUUUCAAUUGAAGCCUUCUGCUGCAAUCUCUUUUCUUUUUUUAUUUUCCAAAAAUAAAAUCAGCAUCAGAUUUUCAAGUUUUUUCUUCAAGCUCCGUCUCUCUUAUAUUCUAGGUUAAGAGUCUUCAGUACCAGCCGAAAUGUUAUGUUUUGUUCCAACCAACAGUGCCAACAUCUUUGCAACUUAAAGUCCAGUUAUCACAAGGCUUUUGGUGAAACUUUGUUUGUGUUUCAUUAUUUUCCAUAUUGUGAAACUGUAACAUGAUAAUAGAUUGAGAAAGGUCGGUGGAGAUACCACUACAGGGGAGGAUUCAGAAAAACCCACUGCGAUUACCCAUCGAAGAACUUUGUUACUAAAUCUGACUGGAAAGACUUGAAAAGCACAAAUAAUCUAGUUUUUAAAACUAAAAUCUAUACGAUUGGUGUUUCCUGGAGCCAUAUAUGUGGCAAAAUCUACUGUGUCUGUUCCUGUACAGCUUAUACAUCUAUGUAUACAACCUCCGUGUGGUAAAAGUGCAUGUGUAUAGUUUUGUAAAUAUGUAAAUGUAUGUUUAUAUUCGCUUACAUGAAGUAAUUUAAGGAAUGCAAAAAUCAAAUAUAGAAUUUAAUUUAUAAUUUGUUGCCGUAGAGGGAGUUAUUUAAAAAGUGAAUUAUUGAAAAGAUUUAUGUAUGAUGCUGAGUAGAUCUUUAUAGUAGUGAUGUUGUGUACCAACAUGUCAGCAGAAAGAGGAGGCGGGGUGGCACAUGACUGUAGACAGCAGCCUACAGAUUUAAAUUUUUCUUGGUAGCACAGAUUGUUUUGAUCUUGUCAUUUAAAGUGUAACGCAAGAUCUAUUGUCCACCUGAGACAAUAUUUUCACACAGGAAUAAAUGCUGUUUGAAACAA